AUGGCAUCGACUGCCGCCGGCCUCUCGGCCCGGCCUCGCAGUCCCCCGCCGUCGUCGUCGGCGAAUCCCCCAGGCGCUGGCCCCGCCUCGCCUCCUUCCAAGCGCGAUCUCAAGUCAUGGUGGAAGAACUUCAUACUCCCUAGGACCCAGGAGCCCAGUCCCAUCACCACAGAGUCCAAGGCUCCUCAGGGCAUCUUUGGCGUGCCCUUGCGCCACAGCAUCACUUAUGCCAACGUCGCCAUCUCCAUGUACGACGACGAUGGCCAGAGCUACGUCUACGGCUACGUGCCCAUUGUCGUAGCCAAGUGCGGCGUCUUCCUCAAGGAGAAAGAUACCGCAGCCACCGGCGUCGAGGGCAUCUUCCGCCUCAGCGGCUCCGAGAAGCGCAUCAAGGAGCUCAAGCAGCUCUUUGACUCGCCCGACCGCUACGGAAAGGGCCUCGACUGGGAGGGCUACACCGUCCACGAUGCCGCCAACGUCCUUCGCCGAUAUCUGAACGACUUGCCCGAACCUGUCGUGCCCCUCGAGCUCUACGACAAGUUUCGCGAACCCCUCCGCGGCUCCACCAUCCCCCCGGUCGCCGACACCGACCGCCCAUAUUUCGUCGACGGCUUCGACGAGAACGUCGCCAUCUCAAAGUACCAGAAGCUCAUCACCGAGCUUCCACCCCUCAACCGCCAGCUGCUCCUCUACAUCCUCGACCUGCUCGCCGUCUUCGCUGCCAAGUCCGAGGAGAACCGCAUGACAUCUCAGAACCUCGCCGCCAUCUUCCAGCCCGGCAUGCUGUCCCACCCCACCCACGCCAUGUCCCCCGACGAGUACCGCCUGAACCAGUGCGUCGUCAUCUUCCUCAUCGAGAACCAGGAUCACUUCAUCCUCGGCAUGCAGGGCACCGCCGCCGACGAGGAGACCAGGAGGGAGGUCGAGUUGGGUCACCCCACCACUACCACCGUCACCGCCGCAGCCCCCGCCGCCGCCGCCGCCCCCGCCUCGACCCCCGCCACGCCCACGUCCAACCGCAGGUCUGGCGGGGGCAUUUACCGGUCCUCGUCCAGUGCCAGCGCUGGCGCCCAGAGCGUCCGCCGCGACGGCCAGAUUCGCAGGAACCGAUCCGUCAACUCGAGGCACUCCAAGAGGGACGACAACACCGGAUCCACCAGCAGCCCCGUCCUAGGUGCCACCCAGACAGUAGUGGUGGGCGGCAGCCUGGGCAGGAGCAACACGGUGCCGUCAAAGAAGUCGCCCAGUGUUGGGUCCAAGUACGCCAAGCGCCGCGGCGACACUUCGGCCGCGCACUCGCCCUCUCGCCUCUCGCCUCUUCCGCCGGCACAGCUGACCGAAACGUCGGACCCGUCUGACUACUCGAGCCUAGCCCCCCCUGUUGUAGCCGUCACCGCCGGUGCGGCUGCUACUGCUGCGACGUCGUCCGGUCUGAGCCGCAGCCAUGAGAAGCUUCUCGGCACCUCCCAGGACAGCCCGACGCCGCAAAAGGAGCGUGGUCUGCCGAGCAUUUUCCAGCGCUCGCCGACGGACGAAAACACCCGGAGGCAGCCUAACAAGCUUAAGAAGAAGAGGAUCCCCGGUAGCGAACACCCCAGUGCUCAGAGCUCCAACACGUCCCUCCCGCAGGCUGGGACGGCGCUGUCCCUUAGCGUCGAGCUGCCAAACCCCAUGGAAAGCGCAGAGCACGACGAGGCGGACAAGUCGGAACAGCGGCAGUCACCUUCGGCCCCCAACGGCGAAGUGACGUCGGACUCGACGCCGAGAGCCUCCCAGAUCCAGCCCGUAACACGGAGCAACACCAGCCUUCGACCGGACGAUACGCCCCGCGCGCAAGGGUCGCCACCGGCAUCGUUGCACUCGUCCUUCAACGGCGGCUCCGACGUGGAGCAGAGCCAGAGUGGCGAUGCACAGACGGGAAGCAGCUUUACCGACGUGCAGGACAGGGAGAAGAAGAGCCGAUGGAGGCUGUCGCGGCCCCGCAAGGAGGAGGGAUGGAGCCCACGGGAAGCGUCUUCCGAUCGCACGAUGAUCCGGUCCAACGACACCAUCGACACAUCUCAGACAUCGUUUGGCAGCGCAUCAAACCAGCAGAAGCCGUCGCGCAAGAGCUUCACCGGCGGCGCCGCAGCCUCCGCCGACGCGGCAGCGGCGAUAGCGGCAGCCGAGUCCCAGGCCGAGGACUCCGGCCGCGACGAGCCCAAGGGCCCCAUCGGCUGGAUACGCAACAAGUACCGCGAGGCCAAGGAGAAUGCCGAGAUCCGCCGCAAUAAGUCGCCCACGGGCGAGAACCAGCACCGGCACUACGGAAACCUCACCGCCGGCGGCAAGGGCACGGACCCGAAGCAUGACGGCUCGACCGCAGACGAGUCCAACGACUCGGCGUACCUGUGGGCCGCAGCCGAGAAGCUGCCACGACAGCCCCAGCCUCAGCCCCAGCCUCAGCCUCGGGCCCAAGCCCAGCCGAUUUGUUCCGCUGCCGCCUCCGCCGUCGAGCAGGAUACUAGCCAGUCUAAGCAGACUCCCAAGAACGAGCCGGUAGAAGAACCGCAGCAGCAGCCCCAAUCGCAGCCUGAAUCGACUAAGGAGGAGCCGGCAGAGGGGGAGCUGGCAGAUGAGCAGGCGGCAGAGGUGGUAGAGUCUCCUGAUGUUUCGGACCAGGACAAGACAUCAGUGCCAGUGCCGGCGACGGCGACGGCAGCACCAACACCGGCAGAGACUGCAGAGACUGUAGUGGCCGCCGAGACUAAGCCAGAGACGGCAGAGACGGCAGAGACGGCGGUCAUCGCAGACACAGAGCUAAAGACGAGUGCAGACAAGGCUGUCGAGACUGAAGAGACACCACUUCCAGUGUCGACAGAAGAGCAGGAGCAGGAGAAGGAGCACGAGAAGCGGGAGCCACCCGCGCAGCCUGGGUCCGCUACUGAACAGGUGGUAACCACCGAGUCUGCGCCUACCGUCGAAGCACCUGGGAAGUCAUCGUCUUGA